AUAGGUAUCAAAUACCUACAUCACCGCUUUGCUGCGCGUCCGCUUCCUCUCGCCGCCACCAAUCUUGUCCGGGUUGCCAGUAUGCUUGGGCUGGACGAUUACGGAAGCAGCGACGACGACGACGUCCAGACGAGCAACCCGACACCUCCCCCGCCGCCUGCAAAACCUGAGGCAAGUUCGGAGCCGCAACCUGCUCCCGCGAAGCCCAGUGAAGAACCACCACAAGCAGCUCCCGAGCCGCCUGCCCAAGAUCAGCAAGAAGAACCCGCUCCAGGGCCAGCACUCCCGCCCGUAGAGAAUGAUGCGCCCGUCGCCGGACCAGCAGCUGGACCAGCUCCAGGGCCGUCAGCACUUCCCGCAGCAGCAGCAGCAGAAGAAGAAGAAGAAGCCGGAGACGAAGCAGCCUCCGCGCCACUGUCGCCCUACUCCACCAAUCGCGCCCUAAUUCGCACGCUCACGAUGCCUCGCGCCCCCAAUUUCGACAUCCCGCCCUCGCCGCCCGGCUCGCCGCCCCGCGACGCCAGCAAGAAGUUCAGCCACUUCCUGAAGCUGAAAGAGCAGGGCCAGCACUUCAACAAGCGGCUGGAAGACUCGUCGGCGCUGCGCAACCCGAGCCUGCUGAAGAAGCUGCUGGGCUUCGCGGGCAUCAGCGACGAGGCGCAGUACGCGAGCACGUUGCCGGACGAGGUCGCCGUGCCCACGCGUUUUCUGCCAGAGGCCUACGCGGACCAAUUGGCGAAGACACAGCAGGAGAUCACCCGCAAGCGGGAGGAGGAGCAGCGCAAGACGCAGCGGGAGGCCGUCGAGUUUGUUUCUGAGGGCGCGCCUCGCGCUGCGCCGGGUGGGGUGAGUAUGGCGGAGAGGGUUAGGGCUGGUUUGAGCAGAGACGGUUCGGCCUCGUCUAGUGGGCCGGAGGGCAGGGCUCGUGAUGGUGAGAGGAGGGGUGAGAAGCGGAAGAGCAGGUUCGAUGAGAGGGAGCGCUCGCCGCGGCGCAGAUGAGUGUGUAGGUAGAAAACGAUACCCGGUGGUGAGCGGCGGGCUGUUGCAGCGCUAUGGACCGUCUUGAAUAUGUACAAUAUAACAGUAUCAUGCA